ACGUUUACCAUAAACGGAUUUGGGCAUUUCCUUUUUACUAGAUUUUUUUUCUUUUUGUUUGACUUGUCAAAAAAAGAGCGUUCAGUUUCUUCGCACACCCUAUUAUACACACAUGGCUGAAAAGACAUACUUUUUCAAUCAAGAGGUUACAAAGUCGCAUGUGGAUUUGAACUAUUUAGAUCUUGAUCAACAUGAGCAACUAUGGAAGCAUGUUAUUGACACACAUCCUUUCAAUAAAGCUCUCUCUGUCUUUUUACCUUCUUGUUCCAUCAAUUUGGCAGAAGAACAUAUGAGUCACAGCCUUGGUGUAUAUUAUGAAGUAGAAGCGCCUCUUUCGAUUUUGUUGGACAGAGAAUUCUUUCAACUUUACCUGCAAUCAGACAAUUCUCAAUUGAUGAUGCAUACAUUAGAUACCCAUUUAAAUACGGAUGACGUUGUCGUACUGACACCCAAAGGUGAACUUGUAUUCAGCUUGACGAAAACAACCUUUGAAACGUUCGGUAUGCCACCCAUAAAACAAACAAAAGCUGAUAUCAAACACGUAAAACACAUCGUCAAGGUGGACCUCAAAGAUAGAUCUUUUAAACCGGAUAGUAAAUUAUUCAACCGACUAAAGUGGUGCUUUGAAAAUACAUUGACAAGGUCGUUCAGGAUGGUUUUUUGUGCAUUUGAUAAAUUGACAAAGACGACCAUCGAUAUGCAAUGGCCCUUGAGCGUCAAAGAAAUCACCAGAAAAGAAAUGAAGCCAGAGUUCGAUACACUGACAGAUAUUGAUAUACCCACUUUCCAAAAUAUGAUGUAUGAUAUGGAUCAACAACAAGAAGCAUCCCUACAGCAUUGGGAUACGAGAGCUAUGGAAGCCAUAGAAUGGAUAGGUUUGGCUCAUUUGAAGGCCAGUCGAUUAAUGCAAAAAUCAAGUCAACAAAAGCCCGUCGAUCCGUUUGUGUCCGUCUAUGAACCUCCAGUACCUUUAUCUGAUUCAGCACAUACAGGUACCUUGGUAAGAUUCAAGGGAUUCAUAUCCGCUUUUGCUGUGGACAAUAUGAUGACCAUGUUGAGGAAAUUAAUGGCAUCAGGUGUCACAAAAGAGUGGAUCGCCCUGACAAGUUGGGGUUUCAAGGAUUCGCCUUACACUUGGGACAAAUUUGCUCACUACCAUUAUUAUAAUGGUGAAAAUGAUUACACCUUCUUAUUGUUACCGAAUAAUAGAAAUGCAUACAUGUAUCAAUUUUAUGGUUCGCAUCACGUCAAGACGUGAAAAUAAUAAAGCAUUAGCUCUAUCGGAAACUGUCUUUCAUCUGUAAGCUUACAUGCAUAGCAAUCCGUGAUGCUGCAAACACACAGUCCCUGUGUUAUUUCCUGUUAAAAAGUCAAUCUAUAUGGCAAAACGAAAAAAGCCAGGAAAAUUUUAAAUUGAACGAUUUUUUUAUCUGAAGUUUAAAAAACCAAUUAAGC